CGGAGGUGCUGAAGACUCCUCAACGCAUCCUUUAAAGUCUAUUAAAAAUUUUGAAAUUUAGGAGACAAAAAUUUGUUCAGUCAAAAGUAGACUGGUAAUGACAGCAAAAGUGAUUUGAAACUGAUGGCCAAAAAUGCAAACACGAAUUUGUUCUUCAAAGAUGGGAUUUUACAACACAGCAUUGUGUGAGACUGACUGCUUCAACCAGAGAGAAACUUGACUGGACUUGACAGGAAUUUUUGCUGAAUUUAACAUAUCCAAGAGGGAAUAGUAAAUAGUGUUGCUUCACAGCACUGAAUGCCUAGGGUAGGCAGAGAAGAAAGAGAAUGGCGAAGAUUUGUACAGAGCAGUCCUACCCUCCCCAGCACAGGCUCUCAGUCCGAGCUUCAGAUGAUGAACUGGACCAUACUGAAAAUGGCGCAAGCAGACUAUUCCCCAGGGCACACUCUAUUUGUGAGGACAACUCCUCGGACAUGCAGAGGAUUAGUUCUAUUGGAACUAGCCAGUUUCAGGAAUCCAGGAGCAGUUCUUUCACAGGUGCUGGGGCUAUGGCAAGGCUCACCCACUUUCUGGUAAUGCUCCGGAUCUGGGCAUCUCACAGGCUUCACAGAGAGGUUGAGCGUCCCGACUCCUUUUUGGAGCGAUUCCGUGGACCAGACCUCAAAGACUUAUCUAGCCGAGGAAGUAAUGCCCAUUCCUCUAUAGGCCUUCCUGACAGGCCUCAUAAGAGGAAAAAAGUCAAUCACUGGCCUCUGGCAGUUUACAAUAUGAACAACUGCAACAACACAGAUGACAAAAAGGAGGACAAAAAGGAGGAAAUAAAGAAAGAUGAGAAAAAAGAGGAAAAAAAGGACGAGAAGGAUGAGAAAAAAGAUGGAGACAAGAAAGAGGAGAAAAAAGAUGAGAAAAAGGAUGAAAAGAAGGAUGAUAAAAAGGAUGAUAAGAAAGAUGAUAAAAAGAAAGAGGAGCCUCAGAAAGAAAUAUGGAUCAUGGACCCAUCCACAGACAAAUAUUAUAGAUGGCUUUCAAUCAUAGCAGCACCAGUUUUUUACAACCUGAUGAUGCUGGUGACAAGGGCCUGUUUCAAUGAGCUUCAAAACUCAUACACAACCCUUUGGAUGGUCUUGGACUAUACCUCAGAUGCAAUCUACUAUGCAGACACAUUUGUCAGAUCAAGAACAGGUUUCUUGGAGCAGGGCCUUCUUGUUAAAGAUGCCAAGAAGUUGAUGGAUCAUUACAAGAAAAUCCCCCAGUUCAAAUAUGAUGUGCUUUCCAUGAUUCCAACAGAUUUAUUGAUGCUCAAAGUGGGGUACAACAAUCCUGAACUUCGUUUCAACCGUCUCUUCAAAAUGGCCCGUUUGUUUGAGUUCUUUGACCGCACGGAAACCAGAACUAACUAUCCGAACAUUUUCCGUAUCAGCAACCUCGUACUUUAUAUCCUGAUUAUUAUUCACUGGAAUGCUUGCAUUUUCUUCGCCAUUUCCAAAACUAUUGGCUUCGGGACUGACACGUGGGUCUAUCCAAACAUCAGCCACCCUGAAUAUGGCCGCUUGGCCAGAAAAUACAUCUACUGUCUGUACUGGUCCACUCUCACUCUCACCACCAUUGGAGAAACUCCACCUCCAGUUAGAGACGUUGAAUAUUUGUUUGUUGUUGCAGACUUCCUUAUUGGUGUGUUGAUUUUCGCUACCAUCGUUGGUAACGUCGGUGCCAUGAUCUCCAACAUGAAUGCUUCUCGUGCCGAAUUCCAGGCCAAGAUAGAUUCCAUCAAGCAGUACAUGCAAUUCCGUAAGGUAAGCAAAGAUUUGGAGGCUAGGGUCAUCAAAUGGUUCGACUACCUUUGGACGGAGAAGAAAACGUGUGAUGAGAAGGAAGUGUUGAAGAACCUCCCAGACAAGCUCAAAGCUGAGAUUGCCAUCAAUGUCCAUUUAGACACACUGAAGAAGGUACGAAUCUUCCAGGACUGCGAAGCUGGACUGCUUAUUGAGUUGGUGUUGAAGCUGCAGCCUCAGGUGUUCAGUCCUGGAGAUUACAUAUGUAAGAAGGGUGACAUAGGCAGAGAAAUGUACAUCAUCAAAGAAGGAAAGCUUGCUGUGGUGGCUGAUGAUGGUAUCACUCAAUUUGUUGUGCUCAGUGAUGGUGCUUACUUUGGAGAAAUCAGUAUCCUUGGAAUAAAAGGCAGUAAGGCUGGAAACAGAAGAACGGCAAAUAUUCGUAGUGUUGGCUACUCUGAUCUUUUUGCCCUGUCUAAAGAUGACCUCAUGGAAGCACUUACGGAGUACCCUGAUGCCAAAAAAGCCCUGGAGGAGAAAGGAAAGUCCAUCCUAAGGAAGGACAACCUUCUUGAUGAGGCGGUGGCAGCCGCAGGCGCGGAUCCCAAAGAUCUGGAGGAGAAGAUUCACCGCCUGGAGGGCAACCUUGAUGUUAUGACUACCAAAUUUGCCAAACUCAUGGCAGAGUACACAUCAUACCAGAGCAAGAUCAAACAGAGGAUUGCCAACAUGGAGAACAAAGUGAAAACAUUACGAGUGGAGGAUCUGUCUGAGGUGGUCGAGGACAAAAAGGAGGAAGACAAGAAAACAAAAUAAUCAAGUCGACAUAAAUGAAAACAGCAUAGACUUUGGAGUUAAUGGGGUUUUCCUAUGUACAUAUUUCUUAACAUAGUACAUUACUUUAAAAUGUUUAUACUUACAUUUAUACAUUUUAAAUACGAUGACAUUGUAUUAAUUGCCAUAUAUAUGACAUAUGUAUUUAAUGUAUGCAGUAUGGAACAGCUCAGAUGACAUUCAUUACCAUAAAAUGCAGGAUCUUAUUUAUCUGUCCCAGGAGAGUCAUUCUUGCAUGCUUUAUUUAAUAUAAAAUAAAAUCAGGGCUUCAUUUGCGGUUUAGGCAAAGGAGUAGUUGUCCUCUACUUGUUUCAUUUUGCAGAGCUGUGAGAACACUUAAUUUAUUCAAAAUGAUUCAGCACUUCUUUUUAUGAUGUUCUGAUUAUCUUCAUAAAGCAAUCACAUUAUUUCAAUUGAAGUGCUAAGUGUUGCUCUCAGAAAAGCAAGAACUUAACAUGGACUUCUAAAAUCAUCCCUCAACAAACAAAAACAAUUUUUUUUUUAGUAUGCCUAGAGCACCCAGAUUUGUAUGUAUUCUUUAAUAAACAUUUGAACAAAUACUGUAUGUCUGUUAAAAUAGCAGCAAAAAACUUCUAAAUGAAUGUAAACAAGAUCGAGAAUUGAAAUGGACAAGAAAAGUGUGUAGUAAGUGAACAUAGCAUGUUAGGGAUCAUUAACAGUACUUAGAGAAGUAACCUGGCAUUGCAAGAAAAAACAUAGUUGGGCCUCAUAUUACAUUAACAGCAGAUCAGUGCAGAAUGUCUGUCUGAGGUCUGGAUAGAUAGCAGCUCUAUCCAUCAACCAUAGAUGUAAACCGAUCAGCCACAACAUUAAAACCACCUGCCUAAUAUUGUGUAGGUCCCCCUCGUGUCGCCAAAACAGCGCCAACCUGCAUC